CGCUGUCAUACAUUGACAAUGGCAAGAAGCGCCAUUCCUAUACGAGAUCAUUUCAGGAUGACCCGGAUGGCGUUUUAAAGAUCUGUACAGUGGCCCACGGCUCUGAAUGGAUGUGAAACGAAAUGUGGAAAGUCUUACGAGCGAGGGGAAGGGUAGUGCAAGUCAGGUCAGCAAAGAUCGCCGUUAGAGAAUAGCUGAGAGGAUGCUCAGCUAUUUCAAAAUGGCCGCGCCCACUGAGUUGGCUAGAUGACAGCUUUGCGUAAGAGGAAUGAUGGCAGUGGACACCGGCAUACUCAUAUGAACAGCAACAAUAGAAAUGUGUUCUGUUAGUUGCUCCAUCCAGCCGAGUUGACUGUGUUUUCCUCUCGGCGUAGCCCAGUAAGCUACAGACCACUGUAUAAUAACUAUUUGCGGUGUCUGUGAGUAGCACUACUUAUUACAUCGGUAUAUAAGUACACCAAUUUAGCUCUCCUCGCACUGCAGAAAAAAAUUACGGAAACAUAAGAGAUAAUACAGAAGUUAAGUGGAAUUUCCGCACGCACUUGAGAUAAGGAGGAAGCGACCGCAAGUUAUUCUCACCGUAAAAGGCAUUGCUAGCUUAUGUUUUGUCAUAUCUCGUUGUCCUUACGCACUACAAUUGCAUCUCGUAACCCUGUACAUACGAAUGGGUAGUUUAACAAUAACAGCGUCGAUUAAUGACGUCAAGUGCUAGAACCUGCCGAAUCGUUGAAGCUGCCGCGGUCUUCGGCUAAUUGAGUCGAAAAAGAGAAAGCCACACCGUAUCCUGGCAGGCCUACUGAUUGAGGAAACCUUCCUUGAGCUCAGGGGAACUGAAAACAAAAACAAGCUCGCUCGAUCGACAUUGACCGUUAUUAAGGAAAGAAAGGCAUCGCCUUUGCUUAGACCUGUGGAUCGAAGCAGAUGAGGCCAGUAACAGUGCAGGCUGACGAAGUAGUAAUGGCGCGCAUCAGGGGCACGUUGAACUGACAGGCUGAUCGCUGUCUGUUGGCUGUUCGUUCGUCAACGUCGACAGAAAGCGUAGCGCUUACUGAUUCGACAAAAGCUCACUCGAAUCAUAAAAGAGAAGUGGGCAAAGAGGCAACGCUCGCAUACUCGAGACAAGAAAAAGAAAAAAAGAGUGGUAAGCUUGCAAACGAAUUCCAGUGCUCAUUGGUAAUGCUUUGUGACCGAGACGAUGCUUCUUUGAAGUAGUGAGUGUACGGUGGUACGCCUUGGUGUUGAAGCGAUAUAUUUUAAAUACAGAAGGAACGGCAGGCGCUUCCCGCUUGUUAUUGUCUCUACGGUUAACUUUGCAGCGAAUAAGAAAUGGUCUUAUAUCAUGACUUGUCGUUGGUGCUUAGUGCCUCGUCCAGUUCUAAGGCGUAGUCUAUUAAGCUAACUAUUAGGGCCGCCAACUGUUGCUAGCAAGUGCUGUCAUGGUCGCUAGUAAUAAUAAUAGUUAUCGUACUUACUGUUGUAAUUUCGUUAGUACCAAUAAAGAGACCAUAAAAGCUGUUUUUAGUAAUCGCCGAGUUGCUAAAUCUGCCAUACGCGAAAAAAUUAGUGGUUAUUGAUCAAACGCGUAUUUACGUGAAGCUUGCAGUGUAGAAAGCACCACACAAAGCUGACUGUGCUCUGUAAAUGAAUAGAAACAAGACAUGCUAGUGCCAAUCAACCGUGUGAUGACCAUCUGACGUAAAGGAUCUGUUCCGUACUGAUUUGUUUUUACAACCUAGUUCAACAGAGUUUUAGUGGCAGCAGGACAACAAAUUAAAGUCAUUUCUCACAAUCACGGGUCGCAAGCUGUCCUAGAUGUCAUGAUAAAACACUGCUCUAAAUGUCAAUUUCCCAGCGGCGAAGUUCGGGAUGGUUGUGUCUAUAUUAGGUCACCAGAGCGAAAGAAAGCAGAAUAUUAAGACGAGAUAAAAUUAAGGAAGCAGCCAGUAAGUGCGACUUAUAUUUGAAACACUUUUUAGGAUGAAGAUCUACGUCAAACAGUUAGUGGCAUUGGCAGUGUCAAAGGCCCCCCCAGACCGCGCCGGUUGGCUGCUAAAGCGUGGCGAAGUCAACAAGAACUUCCAAAAGAGAUGGUUUGUGCUACGAGGAAAUUUGUUGUUUUACUUUGAGCGACCAGAACGGGAACCUGUCGGUCUGAUUGUGUUAGAAGGUUGUUCAAUAGAACUAGCCGAGUGCUCUGAAACCGAAAGAUAUGCUUUUUUGAUUAUCUUUCAUGGGCAAGGCGUGCGAACAUACACACUGGCAGCAGAUUCUCAGGAAGAUAUGGAGGGAUGGAUGAAAGCGUUAUCUUGCGCCAACUAUGAUUUUCUGCGCAACACAGUGGCCGAACUGCAAAGGCAAAUCGAUGAGAUCCGCUCCUCCUCAACGCAGCCUGAACAAUCAGGAGCGGUGACUUCAUCACAUUCGCCCUUGGGACCGGCGCUCGAGAAGUCGCUUAGUAAGUCGAUUACCGUAUCCUCGGCGCCUACAGUGCUCGAUAUCAAACCUAGCGCUCCGUUACGCAAAAAAAAUUCAGCCUCAAAACAAUCACAGCCGCCGGCUGUGAUCGAAUUCAACCCGUUUAACUACGAGUCAGCUACGGCCACUCAGCAGGCGACGAGAACACCCGUAACAUUCAGUGAACUGCACGCGAGAUACGCCAAUCAAAUCCAACAGGUAGGGCACAUAAUUUUCUGGUAUGUUUUUGUCGUUACCAAUUUGUUAUCCAGGUACUGAAUAACCUGCACGAAUUUCUUUCCCCCACUUCCACAGUUUAUGAGAUCCAUGCGAGUAUUCUUCUUAUAUGUAGAAGCUUGCUUUUAUUUUAAAACGACGUGCAGUAUCUAACGACGAAUCGUAAGCGGUUUCAAAAUGAGGAAAGGUCAUCUCUGUCACUAACAAACAAGUCUAUUCUAGUAGACAACAAGCACGCGAAGUACGUCUAUGAAGGUGGAGCAUAUUGAGGAUUGUCUUUUAUAUUUCAGGUUCUAAGCUGUCGACUCAUCCAGUUGUGAUGGCAGGCUGUUUGCGAACUCGAGCUAUGCAGGCGUGCCUGUGCACAAAUAUUUAGAACAAACAAUUUUCGGCGGGAGAUCCUAAUCUACUACUCCGUUUUAGCAGUACGACCACCUGCGGUUAGUGUUUUUAAUCUAAGCAGCGGAGUCGCUUUGGCGGACGGUGCAGAUCUGAAAUGUCUGGGAAGUUUGCAAACUUCGCCGAAACGCAUUCGUAAGAAAAAACGCUAUUGGUUAUAAAAGGUAUCAAUGAUAUUAUAAAUAAGAGUACUCAUCGUUUUAUCCAUGUCUACAACUAGUGUUACUCCCACUACACACAAACACAGUAAAUUUUUGCAUACCCUACUUGAUUUUGUCGUGUUUUUAUCGCUUUAUUUGGUUUAAUCAAAUAUAUCCUCAAAUAAUUCUUGCUACGUAUAAGGUACUUAUAAAUCCGCCCUGGUAUAAAGGUUUCUCUGAAUUACCUCGGUAUAAUUUUUUAAACUUCUGCGAAAUAGCUGCGAAUAGUAUACGUUUUAGAACUCUGAAGUGAGUUCAUAAUGAUAUCACGGCUUAACUGUCUAUCAUUAUGUGACGAUCGUUUCGCGAUACGCUGUUCUGGCUUCAUUCAAAGCGCCGUUGAUCUCGAUCUCGAUUCAAUAAUGUACGUCAGAGGCAGCAGUAAAGGUUGAAGAUAACAAUAUAAAAAAAAAGUAGAUUGUGGAUCGCUGUCCGAACGCGAGAAUCAAAGCGACGUGUAAAUAGAUUAAAAAUAGGUAAUAUCGCAUAAACCAGAUUGAGCAUAUACUGCGUUGACCAGCAACUUUAGCAACGACAAAUACCACUAAUCAUCUUAUUGUUAAUUGUAUGCUCGUAUUGCAAUAUAAUAAAAAAAUAAAAACAAAAACUGCGAUUGCCAAAACCAGUAAUCUGGAAAGAUGCAUAACCCUCACAUGAUGCACUUUUUCAGUCGGGUUCGAUUCUAAUAUUCUCUUCUGUUUCGAGAUAGAAAUGACAUUGAGGUACACACGACAACAUAAUCCGCGUUGCCAGUUGCGAUAACAUCGUUCUAUAUAUGUACAUACAGAUCUAAAAAUAACCAAUAAAUUGAUACAACGACAUGAGCAAUAUACAAAGUAUAGGAUCCUGCUUAAAUCGCGUCUCACGUGUUUAAAGUAACUCGUUUAACCAGGAAGUCACCAGCUAGGGAAGUUUUGCGCGAUAUAGCAAAAGGCACAGCUGGGUACUUUUUCAUGAAGCGAAAGCCUGCGAUGUGUACGAUCAAAUAAGGUUAAUGGUGUUUUUAGUCAUAAUGUAACGCUACGUGGGACUCAACGGCGUGGAGACAUACAGAUGGCUAUAUUUUAACUGGAGCUUAACCGUGUGGUUGAGGUAAUGACUUCAGCCGAAGCUUAAGGAGUGCACGGAAAAAUGUCGCUUCAGUAUAUUUCUCAUUUUUGCUUGUUUAUUAGAGUCACGGGUGUCGAAGAACUGAAACAUUACUAUAGGAUAAAUCAGCUAGAGGAAAAUGAAUGUUCGAUACCGGAUGCAAUACCAUUAACUACCUGAGACAUUAAUGAAUGUACAAAAUAAACACCUUCUAGUCUUUAACGUUACCUUUAGUACUACUAUGUAAAUACGAAAAAAUAAAGUAUUAAUGUCCAAUUUAAGUGAGUUUUUUCUCGAUAAUUGAAAUAUUUUAGUAUAAUUUUAAGUUAACACGUUUCUUUCGCGGCAUUGUGAAAAUAAGUAGGCGGGAUACCGUCAGCACAGAAACAUAGUGCUCCGCUAGAAAUAUAGAAAUGAAAUGUUUGCUUCUCUUCACAAUGUGUUCAAAUUUAAUGAGAUAAAGAUAUAUAAUUUUUUUAAAUUUAAACGCCCGCUUUUACGUCAAAUUACGUCAAAACUAUAAGCUAGAUCGCAACAGAGAAAUGUUUUAAUAGCAACUUACUCGACUCUAGAACAAUAGAGCAUUGCCAUCUUACGCCCGUGUGGAAAACUU